UAUUAACAACCAUUUUCUUAUAUUUUUACAGGGGAAAUAUAAAAAAGAAUAAAAGAAAAAACAGCUCAUAAUUCUCUUUCUCAAAACCAUUGAAGUAAUAUUUUUCCCGAUCUCUCUCAAAAACUUAAAGUCUGAUAAAAAGAAGAAGAGGAAGAAAGAAACCGACUGAGUAAACAGAGAUCCGAGGUUUUCCCUUCUCAGUGCUUCACAAAUCUUCCAUAAAAAAACAAUCUUUAUACGCUUCAGUCAUAAAUUUGCUUUUUGAUAUAUUGAGCCAAUGUCGGUUCUUUGUGGUUGUGACGAUGAAGAGGGUAUAGAAGAAUAUAAGAAGUUUUGCAGGAUUUGACUUGGGUUUACUGCCCCAGACCUCUCCAUUUUGUAUUUUAGUUAGUUAAGCUAGUAAGGAGGGGGGUUAUAUUUGCAAAUAUGGCUGAUGCUGCAGCAAUAAUGGAUGCCAUUGGAUCCAGAUUCAAUUCACUUGAAUUGAUUGGAAAAGGAUCAUUUGGUGAUGUUUAUAAAGGGUUUGAUAAGGACCUCAGCAGAGAUGUUGCUAUUAAAGUUAUUGAUCUAGAGGAAGCAGAGGAUGAAAUUGAAGAUAUUCAAAAGGAAAUAUCAGUUUUAUCCCAAUGCCGGUCUCCAUAUAUUACUGAGUACUAUGGUUCCUACCUCAACCAAACCAAACUGUGGAUUGUAAUGGAAUACAUGGCUGGUGGAUCCGUCGCUGACCUAAUUCAACCAGGUCAGCCACUGGAUGAAAUGUCCAUAGCUUGCAUUUUACGCGACUUGCUUCAUGCCAUUGAGUACCUUCACAAUGAGGGAAAAAUUCACAGAGAUAUUAAAGCGGCAAACAUCUUACUUUCAGAGAAUGGAGAUGUUAAGGUCGCAGAUUUUGGUGUUUCUGCCCAAUUAACGCGAACAAUUUCGAGGAGAAAGACAUUUGUAGGAACACCAUUCUGGAUGGCUCCAGAAGUUAUUCAAAACUCAGACGGAUAUAAUGAGAAGGCAGAUAUUUGGUCUCUGGGGAUAACUGCUAUUGAGAUGGCAAAAGGGGAACCCCCACUUGCAGAUCUACACCCAAUGAGGGUUCUUUUCAUCAUACCUCGAGAAAAUCCACCUCAGCUUGAAGAGCAUUUUUCUCGGCCUAUGAAAGAAUUUGUUUCAUUAUGUUUGAAGAAAGUACCUGCUGAGAGGCCAAGUGCUAAGGAACUACUUAAGCAUCGUUUUAUCAGGAAUGCUAGAAAAAGUCCCAAGCUUUUGGAAAGGAUAAGAGAGCGUCCAAAAUACCAGAUAAAGGAAGAAGAUGAAGAAACCACAAGAAAUGGUCCUAGUGGUUAUGAUGGAUCGGGUACUGUGAGAGUCAGAGACUCAAAAGAUGAUGACACCGUCAGAGUCAGUCAUACAAAAUCCUUCAAAAAUGCUGGUUGGGACUUUAGUAUGGGUGGAGCCGGGGGUACAGGAACUAUAUCAGCAGGUUCAGGAACUAUAUCAAUGGGUACUGGAACAGUCCGUAGUGCUGUAAAGCCACCACAAAUUGGUGCUACAAGAGAGAAGAAGUCAGAAGUCUCUUAUGGUUAUUCUCCAAGAAAAAAUCUUGACAGAGGGAACCAACCGAUUGCCUCUGGAGGUUCUGUUAAUGAAUCAUCACAAGAAGUUUCAGUUGGGAAAGAUUCUAGAUUCCGGCGUGACAAUGAAAUACAAGAUAAUUCCCUCAAUGAUGAUGAUUUUAGUGGUUCCGGAACUGUUGUUGUACGAAGUCCAAGGGGAGUGAAGACGUCUAUGUUUGGUGACCAGAGUACUUCGUCUAGCAGCAGAAGUACUUACUUUGACGAUGCUUCUACUAGUGGUACUAUUGUUCUUCGUGGGCAACAUGAUGAAUCUGAUACUCCUCCUCGAACUCCAAAGUCCAGACUGGGAAUUCAAGAAAAAUCGUCAAGUGCGUCCCUUGAAGAUAGUGCAAUUAAUCUUGCAGAGGCAAAGGCUGCAAUGCAAGCAGCAUUGAGGAAAGGAAAUUCUCGAGAUAGGUCUGCCGUGAGCAAGUACAACAAAGAUGCACAAGAUAACAAAAUCAGGAGUUCGCGUGAAUACUAUGAUGCACCUAAAGCACUUCCUCGUUCUCGUCAAGCAAGUGAUGAAGACGAGAGUGCAACAAUUGCUGCUGCAGCAGCAUCUCCUCUAUUUUCAAGUUUGCUAAUCCCGUCAUUGGAAGAGGCUGUUGGUGAUGAGUUAGAAGGAUCAACGGCUGUACGGGAUGUGGUGAAGACGCUUGUGCAUCUCGAUCGAAUGAAGUCGGGUUCAUGUGAAUUGUUUGUCAGCAAGUUGCUGGAACAACUGGGAAGCUCGAAGGAUUCAUCCUUUAAGGGGCUUCGGGAAUUGGCAACCAACGUGUUUACAAAGAAAACAACGGCUGCGGAAGAAAAGGAAAAUUCAAAUAUCAAGGGAACAACCGAGAAGAAGAACCAAACUGCGGAACUUUCUGCAAAUUUAAGUCCACUGGCGAGAUUUCUUAUCACGAGAUGGCAGAGCCAAGCUUCACGAGAUCUCAACCCGAUUCAAGAGGAUUGAUCCCGCCUUGGUUUUUUGCACUUGUUUGUGUGAUUUACUUUUUUUUUCUCUUUGUAAAUCUAUUUAUUUAGGAUUUGUACAUAAGGUUAUCAGAUUAUUUUUAUUUUGCUUUUUUUACCAGCACCAUUGCUGUAUAAUUAGCGAUUUUUUUAGUCAUUAUUGUUUUCUUCUUUUUUUGCGAUCUAUUUUUGUUAGCUGUAUUUCUCGGUAAUAUUGAGAAAUUUGCAGUAAUUUUAAUCUUGUACUGAUGUAAGAUACCAACUUUUGCGUAAUCUAAGCUCAUAAUUUAUUCGGGUAA